AUGGUUGCAGGAAAGCGGUACUAUGGGGAAGAUGUGGAUUUUGAGGAAGCCAAGCACUUUCAUGAAGAGAAGAAGUUGGUGAAGAUCAAAACAAAGAAAGAGGUGAUCUUCCGAGGUCUUAUUGAUGAGCAUCGAAGUCCUAGCCGGGCCCUUGUGAAUAAAAACAGUAUGAUCAAUCAUCUGCUUUCAAUGCAAAAAUCAGAACCAGAAUAUUACACAGAUGAAAUCAUAAAAGGGCAUUCAUUGAUCUUAAUUCUUGUUGGUACUGAGACUACUGCAACAACAAUAGAAUGGGCCAUGUCUCUUCUACUCAAUCGUCCUGAUGUUAUGAAGAAAGCUAGAGUAGUAGAAUUGGACACUCAUGACAGAAAAUACUGUUUGAUGGAAGAAUCCGAUUUCCCCAAAUUACAAUAUCUUCAAACUAUCAUUUCUGAAACUUUAAGAUUAUUUCCAGCAGCCCCAGUUUUGGUACCACAUAUGUCUUCAGAUAAUUGCCAAAUAGGAGGAUUUAAACAAGCAAGGCAUUAUCAACAAGCAAGGCAGAAGGUGAAGAAGAAAUCCAACUCCCCAACUCCAUCAUUUUUGUCAAGAUGA